CACGAGGGUCUUCCUAACCGUCAACUACUCCUUGCUACACAAUGCUCCGACCGAAGACUUCGACAUGUCUGAUCUGCUCGUUCAGAGCAACUCGGAAAGUUCAGCAGACAUCCAUUCAACAAUGGCAAUCAGCCGCAGCUCUAAGUGUCAAACACCUUCCCUCAAAGACAGGUCGGCCGGCCCGUAUGAGUCUUGCAGAAGCUAGGCAAGUCGGCGCUCCUACAUCGAAGCAAGAAGGUGCCUCCGCGCCUGGAAGAAGACGGCAGGAUGGUCCUUUUGGAGGAAUGAACCUGAAAGAGGCAAGAAUACGAGGGGUUCCAGAGCGGCGAUCAGAAAUGCAGGAAAGGAGAACGUCAGCCAGUGGUAGUAGAGGUAGGGAAGAUGCAAAAGGACGUUCAGGAUACAAGGCCCUCAAAAUGCAGCGCGCAUUGGCGCCUGUGUCGUAUACUCAGCGGGCUCUGGUUAAGGAACGAAUUGCUGCUAUCGACUCCUUUGAACAGUUCAAACUACUUCCAUCUGUACAAAGCUCGAUAUCGACUCAAGCAUUACAAGGCAUGACAGACAUUCGCCCUACUCCUGUUCAACGAAUUGCCAUUCCGGCCCUCCUGGGAUCAGAAAAUAUCAAUAGGAGAAGUAGAAGCAAGGCUAGUGCUCCAAAGCGCGAGGAUUUUCUGAUCGCAGCAGAAACCGGUUCCGGAAAAACCUUGUCAUACCUUAUACCGACCAUAAAUGCAGUGAAGCUCGCUGAAGCUGCUGAUGCAGAUAUCGAGGCCUACGAGAAAGAGUUGCAGGAGGAGAAGUUACGCCAGAACGACUUUUCUUUACCUUCACCACCUCUAUCAAGUAUGCCACAUCCUACAACGGGCAGACCGCGCGCCAUUAUUCUCGUACCUACCUCAGAACUGGUAACACAAGUUGGCAAUCUCGUGAAGGCAUUUUCGCAUACGGUCAAGUUCCGCUCUGCCAUGCUAUCCUCUUCCUUCAGUGGUAAGGUCAUUCGGAAUCGCCUGUUUUCGCCCAAGGGAAUAGAUAUUGUGGUAUCUACUCCUCAUCUACUCUCGUCCAUCGCCGAUUCGGACCCAAACAUUCUCUCUCGUGUGACUCAUCUUAUCGUCGAUGAGGCAGAUUCCCUUUUGGAUCGAGGCUUUUCGCCCUUGACCCAGGCUAUCAUUGACCGCGCCAAUCCCUCUUUAAAACAACUGGUUCUAUGCUCCGCAACUAUUCCUCGGAGCAUGGAUUCUUUCUUGCACAAACGGUUCCCAGAUAUCCGACGUCUCACGACCCCUAACUUACAUGCUAUCCCCAGACGUGUGCAGCUUGGUGUUGUGGAUGUUGAGAGGACACCGUAUCAGGGGAACAAGAAUCUUGCAUGCGCAGACCAAAUUUGGUCCAUUGGUAAAGCAGCCGCUGAUCACGAUGGUCCUGUGAAGGGCGAAAUGGAUGUCAAGCGUGUCUUGGUGUUUGUCAAUGAACGUGAGAAGGCACAAGAGGUGGCAGAGUAUCUCGUAUCGAAGGGAAUUGACGCACUUGCCCUGAGCAGAGAUACUCCGGAACAGCGACAGUCGGAGAUGUUGGCUUCUUUCACAUCAUCAGUGCCACUUACCGGCCCGAAGGAAAACCACCCGGGCACUCUGGCUGAUAACCAGCCUAACUACAUUCCUCCUGGUCAAGCACCACCACCAGUCAAGCGCCAACUGCCCAAUAUGAAGGUCUUAGUGACCACAGAUCUGGGCUCCAGGGGCAUUGACACAUUGGCUGUCCGCAAUGUCAUCCUAUAUGACGUGCCCCAUUCUACGAUAGAUUUCAUUCAUAGGCUUGGGAGAACGGGGAGAAUGGGUAGGCGAGGAAGGGGUAUUGUCCUUGUUGGGAAGAAUGAUCGGAGGGAUGUUGUGGCCGAGGUCAAGGAGGGCAUGUUCAAGGGACAGGCUCUCAUCUAGUCAGGUCGAGAUUUCCCUCAAGGCGUCUGGACGGGAUGAUUUUCCAUGUAUAAUACUGUAUAUUAAGAUACCAGGCUACAGGUUGAGUUCUGCUCAGAGAUGAGGGUAAUGAUUGUACAAACACUCUUGGGUCGUAGCUAUGUUCCUAUAGAAAAGGCGGAGUUUUGAUUUGAUCGCGGGUAAUCGAGUCCUAAAAAACAUCGAGGU